AUGCUUCGAUGCCGUAAUCUAUUCGAAGUCUACACCGAUAUAUGGUUCGUGUACAACAUCGCUUUCACCUAUGCGAUGGCCCGUCUGGAACUCGACGACACGCCCACGAGUAUCGCACGUAGGGACGUGAAAGCAUUCUUCAGCCCACAGGACUGCGUCAUUUUUCUACGUUUCACGCAAUCGCAAGCGAGGUAUGCUGAUGCUGGAUCUGCUGUUGAUCCCCGCGUUCAUUCGAACUGACUAUGGGUUCGUGGUAAGCGGACGUGAGGCUCUGCGCGUGCUCGUGUAUCGGAUCGCUUUCCCAUGCCGCCUGAAGCACACGCGCUUGGUUUUCGGGAU